AUGGCAGCCCGGCGAGGCCCAGCCCUCCUGCUCGUGCUCGCAUACGCGAGCGCAAAGAGCAGCGAGUUCAACAGGCCCGUGGACCUCGAGGCCCUCGAGGCGAGCUACGACGAGGCCGACAGCGAGGACUGGCACGAGGACUCGCAGCGCUGGCGCGACGCGCGGACCGAGGCGGCGAACGCCCGGUCCCUCAAGGCCCAGGUCGACGCGAAGCUCGCCGAGGCGCGGGGCGAGGCGCCGCCCGCGGAGCCGCGCGCCGCGGGCCGGACGACGGUGCAGACCUGGUUCGCGCACCUGAACGACGCGACGGCCGCCGACGACGCGGACGCGAACGCGCUCGCGGCCAGGUGGCAGGCCGCGAUCGCCCGCGGCUCCGUCGAGAUGGCGUCCGUGCGCGUCCACGACAUCAAGCCCACGGUCCUCCGCGUCUGGUUCAUGGGCGAGGACGCCGACGACGGCCUGCGGGCGUGGGUCCUCGCGCAGCCCGGGGUCGAGCUGCUCUACUGCAAGCCCGCGGGCGGCGACGCGGCGCGCUUCUACGCGGCGAGCGAGGCGGGCCGCGCGCGGAAGGUCUCCGACGACCUCGACGACGGCCACCGCAACGAGCUCUACGAGAAGAUCUACGCGCGCUCGCCGGACGAGAACGCGCGGCGGUCCCGGGGGCAGCCGCCGCGGAGGAAGCGGCGGCGGAAGCGCCGGCCCACGGAGCUGUAA